UUGCUUGUCAACUUUCCUAACCUUGAAAAUGUCACGAUUGAUUUGUGGUGUGUGUGAAGGAUAACAACUACGAAGAUAAUCACCGCAAUUGUUCACACAUUUUUUACAAGUCAUCCCAGCAGUUGCAUCACGAAUUUAACCCAACCAUGACUUUCAUCACAGGAAGAGCCCUACAUUACGUCUUCAAAAUUCCAGAUCGGAAGCAAACGGCCCUCUUUUAUCGCGAAAUUCUGGGCAUGAAAGUGUUGAGGCAUGAAGAAUUCGCUGAUGGAUGUGAAGCAGCGUGCAAUGGUCCAUAUGCCAACCGCUGGAGCAAAACCAUGGUGGGUUAUGGACCUGAAUCCAACCAUUUCGUGGUUGAGCUGACCUACAACUACGGCGUAAAGUCGUACGAGUUAGGAAACGAUUUUCGCGGGAUCACCAUUCGAAGUAGUGAAGUAUUACAAAGAGCCAAAAGUAAGAACUGGCCUAUUUUACCUGGGAACGUUCUUGAAGCGCCUGGGGGUUAUAAAUUUCACAUAAUUGAUUCGCCUCAACCCACAGAUCGUGAUCCAGUUGAGAAGGUCACUUUAUCCAGCUCGAAUCUCUCAAAGUCUGUUGAUUAUUGGAAUGGAAUUUUAGGAUUGACUAUUUAUAAUAAGACUGAUAAGAGCGUGUUGUUGGGUUUUAAAGACAAUGAAGCUAAAUUGGAACUGGAGAAUAUUGAUGGGCCAGUGGAGAGGGCUAAAGCAUAUGGUAGAAUUGCAUUUGCUUGCCCUUUUGAUCAACAACCAGCAAUUUCUAAAACAAUAGAGGAACAUAAACAACCAAUUCUAACGCCGUUAAUAUCUUUAGAUACUCCAGGGAAGGCUACUGUAAGGGUCAUCAUUCUAGCAGAUCCAGAUGGGCAUGAAAUUUGUUUUGUGGAUGAAGAAGGCUUCAGCCAGUUGUCUGAGGUUGACCCAGAAGGGGAUAAAUUGUUGAAUAGAUAUAUAGAAAAGGACAAAUCAUAAAGAAAUAAUUCUAUGAAAAAUGAUACAUUACGUACUUAAUAAAUAAUCUCACCAAGUUA